AUGGAAGCAGGCGAUGGUCUUCCGGUUUCUCCUCCCGAGAAUACCUCCGGUGUUUCCCCAGUUUCUUCAAAAGACAUGUCUGCGAAGAAACAUUUGGAGAUCGAGGGGAGAUUGGUAUUUCGUGUCUCUUUGAAAAGCGAAAAAGCCGACAACGACGAUAGUACUACGCGAAUCAACCCAAGUCCAGUGGAGAAAGACGAGGAGAAGAAAAGGGAGCCGUGGGAUUUGAGACCAAGAAAGGACACACGGCCAGGGCAUCGCAAUCCUGAGAGAGACACGGCCGUAGAAACGAAGAGCAAGAAGGAGAUUCCAGAGAGGACAAGGAAGUUUCCGGUGGCUCUGUCGAGUGAAGAAAUCAAAGAGGAUCUGGCAUUCUUGGCGGGUGGCAAGAGACUGAGAAAGAUGCAGAAGAGACCCAGGAGCGUGCAUCAACAUAACGACGACCUUUUCCCAGGUGCGCGCUUGGGUUCGAUCACGAUGAAGAGUUACAACUUCCACUAA